AUGGCAUUGGCGCAGGGCCACAUUCAUGACUUCCAAGCGGCCAAUGAGCUCUGGGCGAAGAUCUGUCAAGAAGAGGUCAAGGAUUGGGACUACGUAGAGGAGAACUUCCGGCCCAUCUUCAAGGCCUACGACAGUCAGUUCAAGCUCAUGCGGAACUUCAACGACUUCUACAGCAAGGACGACCUUCAGUCCAGCACGUGGCUGGCACUUCACAUGCACCCAUCCACGAACACUACCAAGGCCGAGGUCCAAGCGUCUGAUGACCCCGCGAAGCUUCACACGCUGGCGAUCGUCAACUAUCUCCGAAAGCAUGGUCUGAAAAAGCUGGAAUCCGAAUACACGAUCGUAUCUUGCCGACAUCGCAAGUACCCAAACCUUGUGCAGCUCUCGUCGACCGCGUUUACGACCCUGGACGGCGAUGUGGGAAGAUCAGCCAAGGCACUGAUCGUGGACGAGAAUUCGAAUUGGGAGGUGGUGGCCUACUUCUACCCCCAAGCGGUGCACGCCAUUGAUGGCUCAUACCAGGCGCUGAAGUGGGGUGAAGUCAAGGUCUACGAGAAACUGGAUGGCGCGCUCGCCGUGCUGUACCACUACAAGGACGAGUGGCACGUUGCGACUGCACGUGUUCCCGAUGCUGACGAGGCGGUCCCUCCAAAGCAGACCUUCAACAAGAAGUUCUGGGACACGUGGACUGCACUGGGCUACAGGCAACCGAAGGACAUCACCAAGUAA